GCCUCUGAGAUCCCGCCCACGAGGAGGCGGGGCCUGCAGCGCGCGAAAAGCGGCGCGCGAGGCGGCGGGAGCUGGCGGCGCCGGGUCCUCACUCGGUCCGUGCAGCUUUCCUCCGUCUUUGGAGAAAGAACGGUUCCCGAGGAAUUUUAUUUUGCCCCUGCAAGACUCAGGAGGAUGAAAGUCAUCACUUGCGAAAUCGCCUGGCACAACAAGGAGCCGGUGUACAGCCUGGACUUUCAGCAUGGAACCGCGGGGAGGAUCCACAGACUGGCGUCCGCGGGCGUGGACACCACUGUCAGGAUCUGGAAGGUGGAAAAAGGACCAGAUGGAAAGGCCAUUGUGGAAUUUCUGUCCAACCUUGCUCGCCACACCAAAGCUGUCAACGUUGUGCGUUUUUCUCCAAAUGGGGAAAUCUUAGCAUCAGGAGGGGAUGAUGCUGUCAUUCUGUUGUGGAAGGUGAAUGAUAACAAGGAGCCAGAACAGAUUGCUUUUCAGGACGAGGAUGAGGCUCAGCUGAACAAGGAGAACUGGACGGUGGUGAAAACCCUGAGGGGCCACUUAGAAGACGUGUAUGAUAUUUGCUGGGCAGCUGAUGGAAAUGUGAUGGCUUCUGCCUCUGUGGAUAACACGGCCAUCAUAUGGGAUGUCAGUAAAGGACAAAAGAUCUCCAUUUUUAAUGAACAUAAAAGUUACGUACAAGGAGUAACCUGGGAUCCUUUGGGUCAAUAUGUGGCCACCCUGAGCUGUGACAGGAUCCUGAGGGUAUACAGCACUCAGAAGAAACGUGUGGCUUUUAAUGUGUCAAAGAUGCUGUCUGGAGUAGGGGCCGAAGGAGAGGCAAGAAGUUACCGGAUGUUCCAUGAUGACAGCAUGAAGUCCUUCUUCCGCAGACUUAGUUUCACUCCGGAUGGAUCUUUGCUCCUCACGCCAGCUGGAUGUGUGGAAUCUGGUGAAAAUGUAACGAAUACAACUUAUGUUUUCUCCAGGAAAAAUCUGAAAAGGCCCAUCGCCCACCUCCCAUGUCCCGGGAAGGCGACCCUCGCUGUCCGCUGCUGCCCCGUCUACUUUGCGCUGAGGCCGGCGGUGGAAGCAGAGCCCAGCGUGGAGCUGGUGAGCCUGCCGUACCGCUUGGUGUUUGCUGUGGCUUCCGAAGACUCCGUGCUUCUGUAUGACACCCAGCAGCUGUUCCCGUUUGGCUAUGUGUCUAACAUACAUUACCACACCCUGAGCGACAUUUCCUGGUCCAGCGACGGGGCCUUCCUGGCCAUUUCCUCCACGGAUGGUUACUGUUCCUUCGUGACGUUUGAGAAGGAUGAGCUUGGAAUACCCUUGAAAGAGAAACCGGUUCUGAGCGUGAGAACGCCUGAUACAGCGAAGAAAACCAAGAGUCAGACCCAGUCUUUGCCAGGCCCCAGGCUGGUAGAAGGGACACCCACCAGCAGGGCCCAGGACCCCAGCAGCCCCUCUGCAACCCCCCCUCCAGGGAAGCAGUCUCUGGCCCCUGCAGCAGCCAAGGACACCCCUGCGGCCACCCCUGCCGCCAGAGGCUUCUGGGCAGCACCCUCAGAGGAGAAGACCCUGCAGGCCAGCAGUCAGAACGUGAAAGGCCACCCGCCCCGGAGGGUCACUCUGAACACGCUGCAGGCCUGGAGCAAGUCAACACCCCGGAGAAUAAACUUAAUACUAAAGACAGACAGCCCGCCGAAUUCUAUACCAACCCCUCUAGCAUCCAGCCCUUCCACAGAGGAAAUCCAAUCAGAGGUGCCUGGGGACCCGCAGGGCAGCCCUCUGGAGCUGAAGCGGCCCAGACUCAGUGAGCCCAAGGAAGGCCCCAAGGCCUGGACCCUUGAUGAGCCCUGGCUGGUGCCUGAAGGCUGCCAGGUCUGGGGACCCCGUGAGCCCAGCGGGGUGGAGGGGCGAGGCGGACGACACCUGGGACCAGCGGCCUCAGACGGAGCCAGACGGACACUCGCAAAUUCAUUUCUUUAGCAGAAGAUUCAGGACCAAUCUCCAGAAAGAUGUUUGCUCUUGUAUUUACAUUUUUACCUCAGACAUGUGGACGUUUUAAUAGACUGUCUCUCUUUGACGAGUUUCAGAGACUGGAGCAGUUCAGCGUUACCUGGUGUAAAAGUCAGUAGCCCCCCGUGGACUGCGUAGAUGAAAGCACAGAUGCCGCGGGCGGCUCCUACAGCUGCAAUUAGAGGACAUGGAAUUAGGGAAGGUUUAUUCUGUUGAGUUUAGUGGGUUUGGUUAUUAGAUCAACUUAGCUUCUACGUAGUUGAUCAUUUGAAGAUUGUGAAUUGCGUUCAGAUUUUAAAGGUAACAGUGCUCGUUCUGGAAAGUUAGUAAACUAGAGGAAAGUAGGAAAAAGGGAUUGGACGUGGAGUCACCCAUCGUCUCACCACCAGAAGGAACCCUUGGUCAUGUUUUGGUGUAUUUCCUUCUUAAAGUUUUUAUUUUAUUUAUUUUGUUGUAUUAUUUUAUUUUAUUUAUUUUGUUGUUGUGUUAUUUACUGUGUUGUGGGGAAAGUUGAGAUUUUACUUUAUAUACAAUUUGGUAUCCACACAGGUUAACAAUUUUUUUUUUUUUUGGCUGCACCUGUGGCAUGUGGAAGUUCCUGGACCAGGGAUCCAACCCAUGCCACAGCAGUGACCUGGGCUGCUGCAGUGACAACACCAGGUCCUUAACCCGCUGCACCCCAAGGGAACUCCUAGGUUGAUUUUUCAAAGCCAAAAAAUACCUUUCCUUAGUGGUUUGUGCCUCUGCUUUCUGGCCCCUGGGCUGCUGGCGUGUUCCUGUCCCUCUCGGUGGUAAAGAGGACUGGUGGGCUGAGACGGAUGAAGUGCUGUCGCCACAGAAGCGUCAGAGGCACUGGUGACAUGGAUGAGAGGUGGCAGCGGGUGGAGCCCAAGAAGCUAAUGUGGCUGCUUCACCUCAAGCCUAGUUUACAGAUGACUUUUUUUUUUUUAAAUCACAUUUAGUAAUUUAUUUUUAUUUAUUUUUUCUGUUUUUUAGGGCCGUACCCACAGCAUAUGGAGCUCCCCAGGGUAGGAGCUACAGCUGCCGGCCUGUGCUACACCGUAGCAACAAUAGAUCUGAGCCACGUCUGUGACCUACACAACAACUCAUGGCAAUUCUGGAUCCUUAACCCACUGAGCGAGGCCAGGGAUCGAACCUGCAACCUCAUGGUUACUAGUCAGAUUUGUUUCCGCUGUGACACAACGGGAACUCCUAGUUUGUGAUGCUUGAUGCCGUCACUGUGACACAAUGAACACGAUGAGUCACACAGGUAAGGGUACCCCCAGGGCCCCUUCCCUGUCUGAAUGGGGUCAGAGAGCGAGUUCAGGACCCGCAGAUCCAGGUUCUGGCAGGAAGCUGCUGAGGAUGGAAGAACUGGCUUUCUUCAUGUCGGGUCAGCAGCAGGAAGAGAGUUGGAAAGAAGGUCCACCUUGUUGUUUAAUCCACAACCUAGUUAACCGGACACGUCUGCUCCCUUUACAAGGGAAGGUGGCAGAUGGGAUGAUUUAGGGUGUGGAGAGCUGGCAGGUGGGUACAUGCAGAAUUGUCACAACGCAGGUCACAUUCAACAUGGAGACAUUUUAAAUAGCAGCCGUCUGGUCUGGUGGUUCUCAACCUUGAAGUCACCCAAAGAGCUGCCAGGCCUGGAUGCCCGGGUGCCGCCUCCGGAGGCCCAGUACCCUCGGUCUGCAGCACGGUCUACACAUCAGGAUUCUUUAGGCGCCUCCAGUGAUUUGAUGCACGGCUGAGGCUGGGAAGUCAGGAGAGGAAAAGCUUUCCCCAGAGACGGUUUCUGCUGGUUAAGUGCAUUUGCACUGAAAGCUCUUUCUUCUCUGGUUCAUCACUGUUUGGCAGUAAAGCUGCUUUACCAGGGCUGCCAACUGAGAGGAUCAUGUGUGGGCGAUGCCAUCAGCUCUUCAGAGGGAAAGGUCUUUUUUAAGCUUCCUGCGGCUGGAGCAAGAUGUGUUUUGCAGUGGUUGAUCCUGGGCAGGCAGGAGUGAUCACGGACCCCGUGUCUCCGUGAGUGGCAGCUCCCUGGCCACACUCAGUGGAGGGGUGAUGGGCGGGGAGGGGGCAGACGUACUUCGGCUGAAGUGUGUGUUUACAGGCAUAGUUGCCUGUCACCUGUCACCUUGAUUGUCCAUUACAGAAGCGGCAGUAAAGCCCAGGUGGUGUCA